AUGGAUGACAAUUUGUUUGAUGAAAAUGAAAAUGAAAACGAAAACAAUACAAAUACCAUAUCAAAAGUGAACUCAGUUCUAUCAAUUGUUGUUCAACCUGAAUUAGAAAAUACAGUUAAUAUAACAUCAACAUCAAAUGUAGAUAAUGUAGCAUCAACAUCAAAUGCAGUUAAUGUAACAUCAACAUCAAAUGCAGGCAAUGUAACAUCAACAUCAGUUGCAGGUAAUGUAGCAUCAACGUCAAAUGCAGCUAGUGUAAUAUCAACAUCAAAUGCGGAAUUUAAACCUAAAGGAAUAUUAAAAAUCUCAACAGGGCGUCCGUAUGAAAGUUUACUUAAACAGAUAUGGAGUGGGCAUAAACAAUCUGAACGUAGGGCAUCAUGUCUUGAAAUGUACCAUAAAAAAAAUAAUCAAGAAAACAGUAAUGAUUCUAAAGCGGUGACUGAUGACAAUGCUGGUCUACUUUCAACAUCAAAUACUCUUAAAUCUGUUAAAAAUGUUACAUUUAGUGAUAAGAUACACGAUGCGAAACUUAAGCCAAGUUCAUCACUACCUAGUAUAACAAAAUAUUCAUAUUAUCAACAAAGCAAUUCUCAAAAUUUACAUUUAACGAAUACAAAAAAAGUAGAUUCUUAUAAAGAAACUUCUAUCAAUAAAGUACCAAUUCGUAUUACGAAUCCAGUACAAUUUGAAGAUUCCGAUACUGAUGGAUCAAGCGAUGAUGAAAUUCCCUUUUGUGAUUGA